CACGUUUGCUGGAGGGUGUCAUCACUAGAUCUCAAAAGUAUAAACAAAAACAAGAAAAUCUUUCAUUUUUGGCCAUUAAAAAUAAAGGAUAACUAGCCAUGUCCGACGAGUACGCCUGCGUGGCCAAGGGAAAGCUCAAGCUAAAGAACGAUUCGGACCUGAAGAAGAAAAAGAAGAAGCACAAGAACAAGGAGAAGGAGCUGCAGAAGGCGUACGUGGAGCAGCACCUGGCGGAGGCGACUGCCACCAGCUCCUCCUCCUCCUCUGCCGCCGGCAGUGGCUACGAACGCAAGCUCACCAAGGCGGAGCUGGCCAGCAAGAAGCAGCAGGAGAAGAUGCGCAACAAGCGGAUCAUGGACAAGGCGCAAACCACCCACAAGGAGCGCGUGGAGAAGUUCAACGAGCAUUUGGACACGCUCACCGAGCACUUUGACAUCCCCAAGGUUUCCUGGACGAAGUGAGGCGACGUCAGUCGUAACUUAAAGCAUACAUUUAUUAUUAGGUUAAGUAAUUUCGACUAUGUUGUGACCUGGGGGACGUGAAGGGGAAAAGUGAGAGGGAGGCCAAAAUAAACAAUCCGGAUGGCACAACUAAGCUAAAUA